AUGGUCCAUUCGGACCAAGUGGUCCUGGUGGGCCCGAGUGGACCUAGUGGACCAAGUGGUCCUGGUGGACUGAGUACACCACUGGGACCAGGUGUCCUUGGUGGACCUAAAGCACCAAGUGUCCCUGUUCCUUCCGGACCAAAAGGACCGACUGCUACAUUUACUUUCGGUGCCAGAUUGCCUGCUGGACCUGGUGGCCCAAGUGGACUUAGCGGACCAGGCGCACCAAGAGGAACCAGCAGACCAAUUGCGCCAUCUGGCCUAGGAGGUCCAAAGGGGCCUAGUGGGCCUGCGGGACCAACUGCACCAGGUGGUUUUAUAUUUGGUGGGCCAAGUACACCAGGGCUUCCAAAGGUACCCAGCUUACCACUGCCGAGUGCACCAAAAGGACCCUCUGGUCCAUCAGGACCUACAGGCCCUAGUGGACCGAGGGUUCCCAGUGGAUCCAGGCCAUCAACGAGGAGACCACCCAGCUACCUCCCCCCUGCAGGAGCUGUUCCAGGUGCACCGAGUACUUUGAAUGUGCCUCGAGGUCCGACACUUCCUGGUGCUACAGGUGUUACUGGCGCACCAAGGUUACCUAUCGCCACAGGUGUAACCAGCGCUCCACGACUUCCAGGUGUACCUAAAGGUCCAGUGUCUGCUGUGCUGCGAGGUCCAAGUGGCGCUACUGUUAUAAGUGGACUUCCUGUUCCGAAGACACCAGGAGUAACAUCUUUGACAAUCUUCCCUGGAGCACCUGCGGUCACCACCUUUACUACUGGUGUAUCAGGAUUUAUGCUCGGCGGGCCAGUUGGACCGACAACACCUGGAGGAUUUUCAUUUGCGUUCCCUGGGCUGCCGAAGGGACCGAGUGGACCGCGUGGCCCAAGUGGACCCGGAGGACCAAGCGGACCAGGAGGACCGACUGGACCACGGGGCCCAAGUGGACCCGGAGGACUAAGCGGACCAGGAGGACCGAGUGGACCACGGGGCCCAAGUGGACCCGGAGGACCAAGUGGACCAGGAGGACCGAGUGGACCGCGCGGCCCAAGUGGACCAGGAGGACCCAGUGGACCAGGAGGACCGAAAGGGCCAUUCGGGCCUAGUGGACCAAGAGGACCAAGUGGGCCGUCUGGACCAAGCGGGCCAUAUCCUAGUGGACCCGCAGGACCAAGUGGGCCUUUCCCUUCGGGGCCUUCCGGACCAAGAGGACCCAGUGGACCUAGUGGGCCUGGUGGACCAAGGGGACCUGGAGGACCUGGUGGUCCUAGUGGACCAAGAGGACCAAGCGGGCCAGGUGGGCCGAGUGGGUCGUCAGGACCAAGUGGACCAUAUCCCAGUGGCCCCGCAGGACCAAGUGGGCCAUUCCCAUCGGGGCCAUCAGGACCAGGAGGACCUAGUGGUCCGAGAGGACCCAGUGGACCUAGCGGGCCUAGCGGACAAAGGGGACCUGGAGGACCACGUGGUCCUAGUGGACCAACCGGACCAAGUGGACCAUAUCCCAGUGGACCCGCAGGACCAAGUGGGCCAUUCCCAUUCGGGCCUUCUGGACCAGGAGGACCUAGUGGCCCUAGAGGACCCAGUGGACCUAGCGGGCUAAGAGGACCUAGUGGUCCUAGAGGGCCCAGUGGACCUAGCGGGCCUGGCGGACCGAGCGGACCGGGAGGACCAGGUGGUCCUAGUGGACCAAGAGGACCAAUUGGGCCAGGUGGUCCUAGUGGGCCAUCUGGACCAAGUGGGCUAUAUCCCAGCGGACCCGCAGGGCCAAGUGGGCCAUUCCCAGCUGGACCUUCUCGACUAGGAGGACCAAGUGGACCACGGGGACCCAGUGGACCAGGAGGACCAAGUAGCCCAUUCAGACCCAGUGGUCCAAGUGGACCAAGUGUUCCUGGAGGAGCUGGUGGACCAAGAGGACCAAGUGGGCCAUCAGGACUAGGAGGACCUAGAGGACCAGGUGGUCCAUUCGGACCUGGUGGAUCAAGUGGCCCUAGUGCACCACAAGGUCCUGCUGGUUCUAAGAUACCAUCUGUGCCUGGAUCUGGACUGAUAACCAGUGGCAUUUUACCUGGUACCUCAGGAAUAACAAGCGUUCAGUUUGGUGGAAGACUAGUCGGUGUUCCUAAGGUGACUGUAGGCCAGCCUCAGACGUCCAUAUUGCUUCAACCGGGAGGCCAAAUCACAUAUGGAAAGACUGAAAUUCAUAUUCAACCUCCUACCACAUAUGUUGUUCCUGGUCAACUCGUUACACACACAGUCGGGACAGUCAAGACGGGAGCAAUUCCGUCAACAGUAUACAGCAUUUCUGGCACCGGGCUUCAACUACAGGGCAAGCCAUUGGAUUUCACACUUGUGCUGAAGGAGCUGAAGGCUACUCGCUAUUUGUCCUGGCUCCAGAAAACCGGUGUUCUUCAGCUUAUCAAUGAUGGAGCUGCCUACACUAUCUUCGUUCCAAGUGACGACGCCAUCGCUCAGAUUCGAGGACAGCUACUCUCGAAGCUAGAGGGAGACACUCAACUCCUUAAGCAGCUUGUCCUGUAUCACAUUGUUCCUGGCCAGGUCACCAUCGACAACGAUAGGACCUACCCCACGCUUGAUGAAGGAAGUUUGCUGCGAUUCAACAAGUACUUCAACGGAAGGGUUGUAACCGCCUCUGGUGGCGUCAUCGGCCCGAAAAAGCAGCAGGGCAACUUCGUGUUCUACACCAUCGACCGCGUUCUGCACCGGCCUGGAGGAAGCAUUUUGGACGUCAUUCACCAGUCCAUCCUGCUCCCUAAGCUGGACGAAGCUAUCAAGUUUGCCGGACUCGAGGAGUACCUCUCUGGCGUCGGACCAUACACGAUUUUCGCUCCAAGUGACCAGGCCUUCAAGAACUCAGUCGGCAUGGAAAACGUAUUGCGCGACAGGGAAGCUCUCAAGGCCCUGCUACUCCGCCACAUUGUCCUGGGAACCGUGUACAGCGCCGGUGUGCAAGAGAACCAAGUCCUCAAGACGGUCGGCGGCCUCGAGCUCAGAAUGAGCAUCAUCCCAGAGUGUAUCACAGUGAACGGGGUCAACAUCAACAACCCGGAUAACGUCGCCUCCAACGGUGUUAUCCACGUGAUCGACCAUUUCCUCUAGGCCCAUCACUCCACACAUGUUUCUCUGUAAAGCUUUCUCUCUCAACUCUGUUGUUAUAUUGUUAAAUAAACUGCGUGU